AUGACCGCAGCAGUUGUCGCUCACGCUUUCGUCGCCGGCUGGAUAGCGCGUUUUGGCGUCCCCACCACCAUCACUACAGAUCGCGGACGUCAGUUCGAGUCUCGCCUAUUCGCCGACCUCAUGAAGACCCUAGGAAUAACUCGAGUACGCAUGACUGCCUACCACCCUGCAGCCAACGGGAUGGUAGAAGGUUUUCACCGCCAGACGCGUGACAUCGGACGCCGUCACGACGUCAUCGCUAUCGACCGGCUGAAGCCAGCCUAUAUCGACGACCCACCGCCUCUGGCUCUGACCUCGUCAGCCCCUUUGCACCACCCCGUUCCCCCUGCACCUCGCAUCCUACCAUACAAAUCCAGGCAACCUCACGUGCACUCCAGGUGGGGGUCAACCCAUCUGGUGACCAGCCACUCUUAUUCCGACGAGUAG